GUAGUUUCGAUGUCAAUUCCCACAGAAACACCCUCGUGCGUUUAGCCUUGCUUGUCUCUCUCUCUCUCUCUCUCUCUCUCUCUCUCUCUCUCUCUCUCUCUCUCUCUCUCUCUCUCUCCUCAUAUAAUUCAAUUUAAAUGUCAAGCUCUGGCAAUGGCACUACUCAUUUUAUUAAAUGAUAUAUACGUGCACUCCUCUUAAUUCAUCUCCUUUCACAUCUCCAAUUCUUUUUGAAAAUCUCACUCUUCUAAUUCUUUGGAUCUGCCUAAAGAGUCUACUUUAGACGGCAAGAUCAAUAUCGGCGUUGGCUUAUAUUCUCGAAUUUAAGUUUGUAGAGUGGAGUUCUCAUGGAUCAUACACCCUGUUAUUUUGUGAUUGAUCUUGAGAUGUGCAACAGCACGAGUGAAGAAACAACAAGUCCUCAACCUAUUUCCGAUGAUAAAGUAGGCAAGAGAUUUUUCAACAAUAUCUCUGAUGACCAACAACUUAUUAAAACUGAAAAUGGGCUCUCUAUGAUCAACAAUGUAAAGGAUGACCAUGAGCUCUCUCCGGGGAAUGUGACGGUGUUCAUAGACCAUAAGGUCAAUGGCCUAGAGGCUAAAAAUAGCGUAGAGAAGAAAAAUGUGAAAGAUAAGCGUAAAUCAACCAGUGCUAAAAAGCCUCCCAGACCUCCAAGAGGAUUAUCUUUGGAUGCUGCUGACCAGAAGCUUAUCAAAGAGAUUGCUGAACUCGCAAUGAUCAAACGUGCACGAAUUGAGCGAAUCAAGGCUUUGAAGAAAAUGAAAGCAGCAAAAGCAUCUUCAACUUCAUCAUCAUCAUCAUCCACGAGCAGUUUCCUUGCCUUUCUGUUCACUGUCCUCUUCUUUCUCGUGCUAUGUUUUCAAGGGAUGUCCUCUGGAAGUUCAGCUGUGAGUUCUCAUGAUUCCCCUCAACCAAGUGGAUCAAGGUCGAAUAGCUUUAUUAUUCAACAAUACUACUCUGAUCUAUCUGCCAGAACUGCUGCUAAAAGUGUUGGGUCACCCAAUUUAGUUGAGCAGAUUUCUGGUUUGGAUUCCAGGGGCGGCCCGAAAAGUGUCGCGACUUGAAGUGUAGCGUGAUUGGGGUGAAUUUUAGAAUAUGCAAACAUGAAUAGGAACUGCCAACAUGUCUACGAUUUCGUGCAAAGCUCUCUGAGGGAACUGUGACACCUUGACGAAGCAUAAGACCUGCAACAUUUGUAUACCUUGUACAGUGAUAUAUGCUGUUUGGUGAGAGAAGUAAUUGUUUCUGAAGCAUGCUAGGAUGCCUGUGGAAUUGCUGAUUGAUAUAUUGAGUGAGAGUUUUCUUGGGGAAUUACAUUUAUAACAAAAUAAUGACUGUUUUUACUCUAUAGGUCGGAUAUAUAGUUCAGUGAAGAGUGAUAGUGUUGCGGGUCUUCUUCUCUUGAUUGGAAAGAAGAGGAGGAGGAGGAUGAUAAAAGACCCUUUAAGCGCUACUAAAGCCUUUACAUUAGGCAGAGUGGCUGAGACUGGUGGCGUAAUUGCGUCUUAUCUUCUUGUCAGUUGGAAUUUGUUAGUGUAAGGUUGUUGAAGCUGAUAAGGAAAUUUAUUACUAUGCGUUUGGAGUGUAACUUCUAUGAUCUGACAGUAUACAUUUUUACGAUAAAACAUUAUUGCUAAUAAUCCCAGUGAUAUGUAUUGUGUUUGAAAAGAGAAAAGUGGAAACUGGAUCUUUCUCAGAGAUCCGCGUAACCAGCUAGAUCCCUGCAUUACGCUGUUUUGACUUUCUUGCUGUGCUUCCACUAAUCAUGCAAUCACCCCGGAAAUUGCGGCCAGAUAUCCAACUUCAUUUGCUUUGUCAACAGUGCAGAACAUGCCUUCUCUUAUUCUUCUGAUUUCUUCAAAGGUGGAGUGGCUUGGGAGGUCUUUAUGUUUGUCCCGAAUUAUCUUUCCAGUCUGUGCAGCUUAACACUUAAAUUUGUUGAAAUUUAAUAUUUUUAACUUU